UGGAGUAUAAACGUAAAGCCUCUUUACCAAAGAUGUUCACUUCUCGCAGCAGUAGUACUUGAGCAAGAACCUGCUUUUUCAUCAUCAAGGCUUGUCACUGCUUCCCUAAGUCAUCCACUCAACCAUUCCAUAUCUUAUAUACAUCUCUUACACCCUUCUUCUUCCCUGCAACCAUUCACAAUCACCUCUUCUAUUUUUUUCUUCUCUCAAAAUGAACCACCAUCAUCCCUUCAUCACCCUCUUCUCUACUAUACUAUUAGUUUCCACCACCACCACCACCACCACCACCACCCUGUCACUCUCCCAGGUUAUCAUCACCAGUACCACCACCAAGAACCAGUCACAGUUUUUCUUUCUCAUGAAACUCUCCCUCCCCGGAAAGUACCCCAUGAAUUGGGACGCUGGAAAACCAGUGUGCAGCUUCACCGGAGUUACCUGCAACACCAAAGGUGACGUUAUCGGCCUCGACCUUUCAGGUUGGUCAUCACUUACUGGAAAGUUCCCGGAAGAUACAUGCUCUUACCUCCCACAGUUACGUGUUCUCCGCCUCGGCCACACCAGGUUCAAGUUCAACGUAGGCACCAUCCUCAACUGUUCCCACUUGGAAGAGCUUAACAUGAACCACAUGUCCCAGACCGGCACGCUCCCAGAUUUCUCUUCCUUGAAAUCUCUGAGGAUUCUCGAUUUGUCCUACAACGUCUUCACAGGCCAAUUCCCCAUGUCAGUGUUCAACCUCACCAACCUCGAGGUGCUAAACUUCAAUGAAAACGGAGGCUUCAACCUGUGGCAGUUACCCGCAGAUAUUGACAGGUUGAAACACCUCAAGUCCAUGGUUCUCACGACGUGCAUGGUGCAUGGUCAAAUCCCUGCGUCCAUAGGGAACAUAACUUCCCUCAUCGAUCUUGAGCUGAGUGGGAAUUUCCUCACGGGACAAAUUCCGAAAGAGCUUGGUCAGCUGAAGAACCUUCAACAGCUUGAGCUUUACUAUAACUACCAUCUCGUUGGGAACAUUCCAGAGGAGUUGGGGAACCUCACGGAGCUCGUGGAUUUGGAUAUGUCAGUGAACAAGUUUACCGGGAGCAUCCCUGCAUCGGUUUGUAGGCUUCCCAAGCUUCAAGUCUUGCAGCUCUACAACAACAGCCUCACAGGUGAAAUCCCAGGUGCGAUCGAAAACUCAACAGCUUUAAGAAUGCUGUCUCUGUACGACAACUUCCUUGUAGGACAGGUUCCCAAGAAACUGGGACAGUUCUCUGGAAUGUUAGUUCUUGACUUGUCGGAGAAUAAAUUUUCUGGUCCGUUGCCAACCGAGGUUUGCAAGGGUGGUACGCUAGAGUACUUUCUCGUUCUGGAUAACAUGUUUUCUGGAGAGAUACCACAGAGUUAUGCGAACUGCAUGAUGCUGUUGAGGUUUAGAGUGAGUAACAACCGUUUGGAGGGUUCCAUUCCCGCGGGACUCCUUGGUUUACCACACGUUUCAAUCAUUGAUGUGAGUAACAAUAACUUGAAUGGUCCAAUUCCUGAGAUUAACGGGAAUUCUAGAAACCUGUCUGAACUGUUCCUUCAGAGGAACAAAAUUUCAGGUGUCAUAACUCCCACAAUAUCUCGAGCCAUUAGUCUGGUCAAAAUAGAUUUCAGUUACAACCUUCUAUCUGGUCCAAUCCCUUCCGAAAUUGGCAACCUCAGAAGGCUCAAUUUGCUUAUGUUGCAAGGGAACAAGCUGAAUUCUUCCAUCCCUGGUUCACUCUCUUCAUUAGAGUCUCUCAACCUUCUUGAUCUCUCCAACAAUCUUUUAACUGGGAGCAUCCCUGAAAGCCUCUCUGUGCUGCUACCAAACUCUAUUAACUUCUCGCACAAUAUGCUUUCGGGUCCAAUUCCUCCCAAACUGAUCAAAGGAGGCUUGGUGGAAAGUUUUGCAGGGAAUCCUGGUUUGUGUGUGCUACCGGUGUAUGCCAAUUCAUCGGAUCGAAACUUCCCCAUAUGUCCAAGUGCCUACAAGAGCAAGAGGAUCAACACCAUCUGGAUAGCUGGGGUGUCAGUGGUUUUGAUCUUUAUUGGGUCUGCCUUGUUUCUCAAACGUAGGUGCAGCAAAGACACCGCUGCAGUGGAACAUGAGGAGACACUGUCUUCGUCGGUUUUCUCUUAUGAUGUUAAGAGCUUCCACAAGAUCUCUUUCGACCAAAGGGAGAUCAUUGAGUCCUUGGUGGACAAGAACAUAAUGGGGCAUGGAGGGUCUGGGACAGUGUACAAGAUUGAGUUGAAAAGUGGUGAUAUUGUGGCAGUGAAGAGGCUGUGGAGUCGCAAGUCCAAGGAUUCGACUCCAGAGGAUCGGUUGUUUGUGGACAAGGCAUUGAAGGCAGAGGUGGAGACCUUAGGAAGCAUAAGACACAAGAACAUAGUGAAACUAUACUGCUGCUUCUCCAGUUUCGAGUGCAGCUUGUUGGUUUAUGAGUACAUGCCAAAUGGUAAUCUUUGGGAUUCCCUGCACAAGGGUUGGACCCUUUUGGAUUGGCCUACUCGUUAUAGAAUUGCACUGGGAAUUGCACAGGGUUUAUCAUACCUUCACCAUGAUUUGCUUCUUCCUAUUAUCCAUCGAGACAUCAAGUCAACCAAUAUACUGUUGGAUGUUGAUUACCAGCCCAGGGUUGCAGACUUUGGGAUUGCCAAGGUUUUGCAAGCAAGAGGAGUGAAGGAUUCCACCACAACUGUCAUUGCAGGAACAUAUGGUUACUUAGCCCCAGAAUUUGCAUAUUCAUCAAGGGCCACCACCAAGUGCGACGUCUACAGUUUUGGGGUGAUUUUGAUGGAGCUGUUAACUGGGAAGAAGCCCGUGGAGGCAGAGUUUGGAGAGAACAGAAACAUUGUUUUCUGGGUUUCCAACAAAGUAGAAGGCAAGGAGGGGGCAAGACCAAGUGAAGUUUUUGAUCCGAGGUUAUCAUGUUCAUUCAAGGAUGACAUGAUCAAAGUGUUGCGGAUUGCCAUUCGCUGCACCUACAAAGCCCCAACAAGUAGACCAACCAUGAAAGAGGUUGUUCAGCUUCUGAUUGAGGCAGAGCCACGCGGUUCCGACUCUUGCAAGUUGUCAACCAAAGAUGUUUCAAAUGUCACCGUAGUAAAGAAACCAUAUGAAUUAUAAUUUGAGUAGCUUAAAGGGUAAGAAGGAGCAUGUAACAGCUAAACAUAGGCAGUCUCUCUAUAGAUGAAAUGAAACUGAGAGAUCCACUGUAGAAGAGAGAUCAAAUUAGUAUAAUCUUUUUUUUUUCUUCUAGGCAAGUAGUUUGUAGAUUCUAUCUUUGACUAUGAAUCUUCUCUCUGUAGCUGCUCCCUUUUACUGUCUUUGAGUUUUGACAUUUUGUAAAAAUUUGAAGCUAGAUUUCUAUCCAAGCUUUAAGGUAAUGUACAGUAUCUACAUAUAUUUCAUACAGCCCCACUUUGGAAAGCA